AAAUUUUUCAGUCCUUCGACUCCUCCUGAUUUUGGAUAUGUUCGUCGUUUGUUUUGAUCGACUAUCCAUUCUUGUUCUGCCAUUCUUGAUCUGAGAAAGAUACAUGAAUUUGCAGUGACAGUUCGUUAGACGUUUGCUCGUGGUGGUAUUUUCUGGCAUGUACAAAUAGAAUUGGCUUCUAUGAUGGACUCCUUCUCUCCUAAAGUCAGUCCUGUCGGCGGUAGUAAACGGAGGAAGUCUUCGCAGUCAUCUGGAGGUGAAAAUUCAAUUUCCAGCAGACACAGCACAUUCACCCACUCUGCUUCCCCACUAUCUGGUGCUGAACGCACACGAGGCGCACGGUCUCCAUACAUCAGACGUGUGAACCAGAUAGAUGAAAAGCGGCGCAAGAAAAGCAGUGAGCGCAAUAGGAGAUGUUCUAGAUCACCUCUCAAGGAAUCACAGGAGAAGUGUGUGAAGAACACCAACAGCACACACUGCGACGAAAAUGAUCCAUCAGUUUCGUCAACACAUGGUCAUGUUUGCGGAGCUACUAUGACAAUCGACCAGAAUGUGUGUAUGGCCAUGGCUGCACGGCCUACACAGUCACCAGCGCUGGGCACAGCGGCUGGCGUGAGUAGCGGCACAUUUGUCGGCAGAACCACUGCAGCAGAAUGCAUUGGACCGGAGUCGGUCGGCUCUGGCACGUAUGCGCUGUGCGACCAACCGCAGGCGGCGGGUCAGACGUUUGACUUCAAAGCAAAGUUCUUGCAACUGUUGGACACCCGCAUGACCAAGCCCGAACAGGAGCUGGUCUCAACGAAUGCACAAUUCCGGGAGUAUAUGCAUGCAAGCAGCACUGUGGUACAGGCUUUGCGGAGUGAGCUCAAGGAAUCAGAAUCUCGCUCCAACAGUACUCGCGAGGAGUGCAAUCGCUUGCAGGAGCAAGUUGCUCAGUCGGAUGCAUCGCUUGUUGAGCUGCGAGCCAGUAACGAAGAGCUGUUGCGUCAGCUUGAGGUUGCACGUGAGGAGUUGGCUGCAGAGAAGCUCGCAAGGCAAGAGGCUGAGGAGCGUACCCAAGAGGAGCUACAGGCGCUGCGCCAGAGUGAGGGUGACUGGCAGGAACAGCUUAGUGUUACCACUGCAGAAAGUGAAGACCUACGCAUCCAGACGGAGGCGCUACGCGGCUAUAUCGCCGAGCAGGCCGAGGCAACAUCCAGCGAAGAGGUGGAUAGUAUGAAACACAUCAUCGACUGUUACUCCAGAAUGACGGGUUUUCAAGUUCAAGUCGAUGUGUCGAAGUGGGACGAGAACACGGAAUCGUUCCGCUGCUUCUUUACCGACGCUGUUGGAAUGGAAGGUCAUGGUUUCUCUUUGCUCCAUCAUCUUGACUGCAAGGAGGUUGAAUACAGCCCGGAAGUGCAGUCCGUUGCCGACACACCCAGGAAGUCGCUGAGGAGGCGAAGCGUGGGCCGCACCAAGAUCACAACACUUCCGGAGUACCUGCGCGAGGAUAUUCUGUUUGAUGACGCGCGUGGCUCACCGCGCUUCACCUUUCUCAUGCUACAAGCUCUUGUUGGUCAGCUGAAGCAGCCACCGCCAGUGUCUUGAUGUGUCUUCCUUCGCUUUUUACCUUUCUCUAUCGAAACCCUGCAUAACAGUUUUGCUUGUGCGCAUUCCCAUCAAGUUAGUUUCUCACUGUAGUUUCCUCUUGGCAGUUGUUGGUUGUGGUUCCUUUGUAUCUCUCUCUCUCUCUCUCUCUCUCUCUCUCUCUCUCUCUCUCUCUCUCUCUCUCUCUCUCUCUCUCUCUCUCUCUCUCUCUCUCUCUCUCUCUCUCUCUCUCUCUCUCUCUCUCUCUCUCUCUCUCUCUCUCUCUAACUGUGAGUUGAACCUCUCGUUGUCUCUAGGCUGCAUUGCCUAGUCCCUGUUUGUGUAGUUAGUGUUGCCAAGCUGUUAUAGCCAAGCUUGUGUCUACGUUUAGAAUCAGCUUUUUCUUUUUUCUUUUUAGGUCCAGUUCAGUUCUUUCCUAUUAUUCAGUUUUUGUCUUUGUUGUAGCACGCUUGCAGGACAACCACGUGCCACUGGUGCUGUAACCUUAGCAGCCAUUCCCGUACCUCUGUGUUUAUGAUUGUUCUCUUCAGUAAUCCUGGUAUCUAAUUGUGCCCACUUCCCUGUUCCGGCGAUGUCCUUGAUUCAGCCAGGCAGUGUUUUGGCAUGUUCAGUGUUGCUGUCUCGGAUGGCGUCCGAGUCACUCCUCUUCAAUUUUUCGCAUCACAAUCGUGCAUCUUGGAGUUGUUGGUGCCCUUUUCUGCGAUCACAACCAUAACAAUA